GCAUAGCUGAUCUUCCAUGGCCUUUUCUGCUUCCACGAGGAUUACGUACGAGGUCGCAUAUUGCCAUCAGCCAAGCCAUGGUUCGUCGCGUUCUAUGAUCGACAAUCGCGAGUGAUCUGGUCCUCAAAUCAAUCCUUGUGCGUCCUUCUCAAAAGGACUAUAAAGCAAUGCCCAGAUAUCGGAAACUAUCUCUCCAUGUUUGUCUAACCCAAGAGCCUGAUCCUGACUAAACUUGAUACAUUCAGCAACAAUGGGUCCACCAGUGAGAGGAACACCAAUCCCAUGGCAGGAACUGCAGGGUGUCGCACAUCUUGCCCGUCGAGGAGCGGUGGAGCAACUGCUAUCUCUCUGGAAGAGACAGAAGGAUAGAACUGACCCAGAGCCGCUCUGGGGUGACGAGAUUGAAUACUCCCUGAUCAACCUUGACGCAAACACAUCUCGAGCAACACUGCUACUCAACCAGGAGGAGGUCCUUCAGAAAGGCAGGGAUGAGUGCGCCAAUGCAGAGGAUGUUGAACCCUGGAACGAAGUCGCCUUACAGCCGGAAUGGGGUCGGUAUAUGAUCGAAGCGACCCCUGCAGAACCAUAUGGAGGGGAUAUUGUCGACUUGCUCAGGGUAGAAAGCAACAUGAAGCGACGACGAAAGUUGAUCCGACAAUGCCUGUCGCGCGACCAGCAUCCCGUAUCACUCUGUGUCUUCCCUGGCCUGGGAAUAAAAGACCAAUAUACAAUCCCAGAAGAAUCUCUUGAAAGUUCGACAGGUCAAAUAUACUGCCCUAUAUCACGUUAUAUCAUGAUGGUCCAGAAUCUUACUGCCCGGCGACAACGGCGUGUUGAGAGCUACAUCCCGGUCUAUCGAGACGAGCAGACAGAGGCACCGUUUCAUGACAAGGCUGGGUCAUUCGAGUAUCCAGCGGAACAUCACCCCCCGGGUAAUGCAAAAGAGGGCCACGUUCAUCUGGAUGGAAUCGGUCUUGGGCUCGGGAGCUGCAGCAUCCAAGUUACAUUCCAGGCUCUCAAUGAGUUUGAGGCUCGAUGGCUGCAUGACCAAAUGGUUGCUCUGGGGCCAGUUAUGCUUGCCCUGACUGCUGCCACGCCUAUCUACAAGGGGUAUCUGGUAGACACUGAUGUGCGCUGGGAUCGGAUCUCCGAAUGUUUCGAUGACCGCACGCCAGAAGAAUUAGCUACCACACCGCCACGUUAUUCCUGGAAUCGAACAUACAUCUCUCAGGAGAAGCCAGCAGAUGCAAAUAGCAAGUCCUCGCCGACUCCCAUGGACGAGACGGUCAAACAUCGCCUACUAGACGGAGGCAUGGAUGAACCUCUGGCGACUCAUUUUGCCACCAUCUUAUCGCGAGAUCCAAUCAUGUUGAACCGCGCCGACCUGGAGAAUUUCGACCCCAAUGGUACGGGCGUGUUUGAUGUGUACUACAGCAGUGUGUGGCAACAUGUUCGACUCAAGAUGCCAUUAAGCGAUGACGGGCCUGGCUGGCGGGUCGAGUUCCGUCCCAUGGAAGUGCAGCUGACCGACUUCGACAACGCCGCCUUCUCAAUCUUCAUGUAUCUUCUUUCACGCGCCAUCACGGACCUUCACUUGAACUUCUAUGUUCCGGUGGACAAGCUGGGUGAGUCUAUGGAGCGCGCGCAAAAGCGGAACGCGGCCGUCGAAGAGCGGAUCUGGUUCCGUCACCGUGGAUGGUCGUCGACAGAGCAGUGCGAUCGACCACAGCGCCAGCGGAAGGGCUGUGUGAACUGUUGCGGAAAGACCAGUGGCUCUACAUCUCCGUAUGGUCUCCUCACCAUGGACGAGAUCAUCAACGGCGAAGAUCCUAAGGUGCCGACGAGCUUUCCCGGACUGGUGAACAUCGUGCGGGCGUAUCUGCAGUACAAGAACACGUCCCUGCUGGAACAGAAGAAGAUCAUGCCGUACCUGGAUGUGGUUAGCAAGCGGGCCAGCGGGGAGCUGCCGACCCCCGCGCAGUGGAUGCGAUCGUUUGUGACGGGCCACGAGGAGUAUCAGCGGGAUAGCUACGUGGGGGAGAAGAUCCGGUAUGACCUGUUGCGGGAGAUUGUGCGGCUGGAGGAGUGAAUGAGUAGAUACCACUUGCCUUCGAUGUCUUUAGUUCAUAUGCAUAGUUGAAAUGACGCUGUAUUUAUGAUCAUAU